AUGACGACUCUAACCAGACAAGACCUCAAUUUUGGAAAAGUGGUAGCAGAUAUACUGUGUGAGUUCCUUGAGGUGGCCAUUCACCUCAUCCUGUACGUCAGAGAAGUGUAUCCAUCGGGGAUCUUUCAGAAGAAACGCAAAUACAAUGUUCCUGUUCAGAUGUCGUGUCAUCCAGAGCUGAAUCGGUACAUUCAAGAUACUUUGUGCUGUAUCAAACCUCUGAUUGAAAAGAAUGAAGCUGAGAAGGUGGUCGUGGUUAUCAUUGACAAAGGGCACCAUCCAGUGGAGAGAUUUGUCUUUGAGAUUUCCCAACCAACGUUACUCUCAAUCAGUUCUGAAACGUUACUGUCUCACGUGGAGCAGUUGUUGAGGGCUUUUAUUCUGAAGAUCAGUGUUUGUGAUGCUGUUUUAAACAAUAACCCUCCAGAUUGCUCUUUUUCUGUGCUGGUUCACACACGAGACUCAGCUACACGCAACAUGGAAAAGGUCCAGGUUAUAAAAGAUUUUCCUUGGAUUGUUGCAGAUGAGCAAGAAAUCCACAUGCAGGAGCCAAGACUGAUCCCCCUGAAGACCAUGACCUCAGAUAUAGUCAAAAUGCAGCUCUACGUGGAGGAAAAGGCCCAGAAGAUCUAG